AAUCGAAUAAUCCAUCGAAUAACGCUCAUUUGCAUGUCCUCUCACAGCAACAGCUGCCGCCGUUACCACAACAGCCGUGAAUAGAGGACAGGAAGCAACUUUACUUAUUCGACAGACAAGACAGAGAGCGACCCUGCCAUCAUCUAUACAUCCUUGUUGUUGAUUGAUUGAUUGAUAGAGUAGUGCUAUCAUCAACGAUUUACCCAUCGCGUGUAGCUAUAGUGAGUAAGAGGAAAAGCUCUCACAUAUAUCCAUCUAUAUUAGUCUACCAUGGACAGCACAGCACAGGGAGAAGUAGCCACUGCCAGCUACAAACCCAUCCACGCAGCAACUGCGGACGCGGACGACAACGACUGUUGUCCUAGUCCUGUCUACUACGAUACCACUCGAGCGCUCAGUGAUCGAUUCCUGCACAGUGAAGAGACGUUGGAAGAAUGUUAUGAGAGUACAGAUGACGAUGACGACGAUGAUGAUGAUGAGCAAGAAGCACACCACCAACACGACAAACAUCACGAAGAAGAAGAGAGUAGUGUGGAAGAAGUAGAUGAAGAAGACUUUCGCCGGAGAGCGGUCGAGUUUCAUAGACAACAACGAGAAGAGUAUCUGCGAACCGAUAGCAAGGACGAUAUAUUGAAAAACGCCAACCCGCCGCGAAAGAAGAAGAAAAAGAAACCGGAAUGGGCGCAACGUCAUCUCUAUCGCUCUCUCUCGGUCGAUGACUUGAUGGAAUACCAACGCAAGUUCAGUCUGGCAGAUGUAGGAAGAGCCAAUUCGGCCCAUGAUUUGACAGACUAUCAAAGAGAAUUCCAAGCCAUAUUAGAGGGAUAUCCACAACAACAGCAGCAACAAGACACAGAAGAAUCAACCACACUCAACCAGCAACAGCAACAACAACUCACCUCUGAUUUCACUGCAACAACCCCUGCAACGAUAGCUCUGGCGCUGGCAAUAUCUUCUUCUACCAAUAAUGCGAACAACAACAAAAGCAGCAACAGCAAGCCAAGACGAGUGGGAAGAAACUCUAUUGCCAAUUCGGACUUGGCAGAAUUCAAACGACAAUUCUGUCAAGAUAGAGCCGCCAAGAGAGUACACGAUGAAACUCUGAGUCACGACAAUCCUCAUCAUCAUCAUCAUAUCCAUACUACCACCAACGCUACUGCUGCAUGUACUGCAGGCGACUCGCAAGACAAACUACAGACUCUGGAAAAUAACAAAAGCGACUAUCAGUGGGGGACACGCUCGUUACGACGCGCCAUUUUGGCAUCGGAUUUGGGGAAAUUUGAACGAUCGGUCCGAACGGCACUAUCCAGAGAAAACUCGGCGGAUAGUCUGGUCGAUGAUGCAGCGGAACAACAUGAUAAUACUCCCCAUCGACAGGGAUCCGCUGCGCUGGCAAUGAAUCACAGAGAUAGUCAUCUGCUCACGUCUUCCGUGGCCCUGGAAGAAGCAUCCUUGUUGUCCAAGGACGAGGAAGAGGAUUGGGGAACACGCAGUCUACGAAAAUCGCUCAAGGAACUCGAAUUCAAUGAACUAUCUCCUCCUUCUCUUACCUCCUCGUCGUCGGCCACAAUGCCUCCAAGAAACAGCACUAUAACACCUACUCCUAUCAGCAGCCGAUCCACUUCAGCCACCAUACGCGAGUUUGAAACAGUCAAAGAAGAAGAAGAUGAUGAUGACGAGGAAAUUGAAAUGCCACUGGAAGCACCACUGCCAAUCAUCUCUCCUUGGUGUGAUGACAGGAAACACCCUCCCAGCACCAAUGGAUUGAAAAUGCCACGUCGUGUGACGUCCGCCGAAACUGCACACGGCGAUGCGAAACAACACGCCGCUGCGCCGCAUAGCCCGCCUCCUGUGACACAGAAUCGAUCCAGUAGCUUGAAUGACAUUGGGAUGCUCACGCCUUCCUCCGAUCCGAGUAGUGGUGGGGCUGGUGGUAGUGUCCCGGAUGGACAACCACCAGAGUUUGAAUGGCAAAUGCGAAGUCGAUUUCGUCGGUCCAUCUCCUCUUCCGAUAUUGAAAAGUAUCAACGACAUUUGGCUGCUGGAAUGGAAGAAGACUCCGAACGAUAUCCCGAACACGACGAGGACAACAACCAACACAAACUCCCUCCUCUCAGCCCUCCUGCCGCAUCGGUGCCCUUUAUGCCCAUGUCCGUGGCUGCCCCCGACCAGGAGGAUGACGACAACAACACGGCGCUGCAUCCACUACUGGCGCCCAGUCCCUGGCAUGCCGACGACGACGGCGCCAAAAGCAACAACGACGAUGCAAUACCCAAAAAGCCCAAACGAGACCGUAGACCUCGUCGUCGACAUCGAAGAACUAUCUCCGACGAACCCGAAUUGCACAUGGAGAAUGUCAUUUCCGACGUGGCGCCUCGGAAACCGACACGAACAAACUCGCGUCCGAUUUCUCCACCGCCGCCACGACCCGUCGUGGUGCGCUUUGCGGACAACUUUAAUCAAGUCGUGGAGAUUCCCAAGGUUUCGGAAGAAAUGAAACCGUACCUCUUUUAUACCAAGAGAGAUGUCAAACGGUUCCGUAUGAACGAACAUCGACGACAAGAGGAACAGAUCCGGUCCUACAUGAAGUAUCUGAACCAAAAGGAGAAUGCGUUGGACGCCUCGCCGUGUCUCUACGACUAGUACAUGUAGCUACCUAGGAGUGCGGUCGGACCAGGGGGCUCAUCGGGGUGGUGGUUGGUUGUCGACGUAUCAGGUUGCCGUUUAGCGAAUAAUGGUUAUCUUUAGAAGCGGAAGACAAGCUAGCUAGUAGCCU